UACAUAGUAUCAGAACAUUGUUUAAGAGUAUAUAACGUAAACAAAAAUCAGAAACGUUUUGAACCAGUAUACGAAAAAUAAAGUAUUUAAAUAUUGAGGCAGUUUAUUGUGCUUCGUUUGUAAGUUCAGAGACGAUGCUUAGUUUUACGAAGUGUAUUCUUUAAUUCACUUAUUCUCGCAUCUUUUGAUGCAAAUAUCUGCUAACUAAAAAUGUAAAGUUCAUUUAAUAUAUUCUCGAUAAGAAAUCGCCUAAAACAUAUUUGCUUUUUUUUUCUAAAUUAUUCGUCGACGGUGCCUUCUAUCAACUUGUCUCUUUGCAGACCUUCAAUAUUAGCAAUUUUUUCUCAAGGUCAUCGAAGCAUUGCCAUCCCCAAUGCCAACUGUUCCUUAAAGACAAAUAGUAUGAAGAAUUUUAUGACCGAAAUGUCAUGUUCGCCAACCAAGCGCAGCUCUAACUUAAAUUAUCACAGGCCUCAUCCUUAUUUGGUCAAACUGAGUCUCCCUAAUGUAAUAUCUUGAGCUCUAUUGCUUUACCACCGCCAUCAUGGCGGACAACCAACAAAAUAUUUGCUAGUGUAGCCUAUUGAGGCGCGCGGACGAAUGCAUCACGGUGCCAUUUUGAUACUACUAUUUUACUCAUAUCGUCUGCUAAUGCGCGGCUUCCUCCACCAUCUCCGCCGCCGCUCAGCAGCCACCUCUCAUUCCUGUUUGCUUGAUCACCGGUGUUUUGUUCCGGGUAGCCUAUUACUUGCUAUAGCUAAAGCACUGUGACACGGCGCUCGUGCUGCCACCGCCAUAAGUAACGACCGUUUUGGCUUGCUGAACCGGCUGCUCUGUUGUCCUGUGGCACUUCGGGUACGGGCUGACAAUUCUUAGUACGCUUACAGCGAUAGCAGCCGCUUACAUCGUCAACCAGUCGAUUGGCAGGCUGGCUUAGGCCACCUCUGCUGCGUGUCUCGGCGAAUAAGUGCGAGUGGCGACUUUCUGUCGCCUGGUAAACUGGUCGUUGACUGGGACUGUGUGCAUUGUGUGUGGCUUGGGUUGUUACCAACGCCGGCUGCCGCAAUUCCCCAGUGUCGCCGUGCUGGUGCAGCAGCUACGCAAGUGUUAAGAGGUCUCGAGUCCUCGUCCGUUCACCGCCAUUCAAUAUUUUCUCGUUGAUAAGUGCUGCUGCCAUUAUUGUUUCUGAGAUUGGUGCUGCCACAGCCACUGAGCGAGGGUAAGCCAGGAGGACCCCUCUGCUUGUGCCGUUGUCUUAGCAACCUAUAUCCGCCUACUUGAAACUGCUACGCUCUUACGACUACAAUUCGUCGCCAAGGGUUGGCAAGCACAAGUAACUGCUUCCUGUCAACGUAAACCUACCACACACUUACAGCCACCGGGUGUUGAUAAUUAACAAUUGUUAAAGCCAACUGCGGACGGGCGCACUACUAUACUAACUGGCUGUUUGCCUAAUUGAUACGUACUUCAGCAGUAACAUGAACAGUCUGACGAUUUUACUGUGCCGGAGCGGAAAAGAAAUCAACAUUAUUAGCGUUGGUAAUAUUAUGAAAUUAUAGGGACGAAAAGUCAAUAAAAAUUGUGACCCAAAAGGAAAAUAAAAAAAAUAAAAAGGAAGUGUAGAUACGUUCAGCCAUAAUUAAUCCCAGCAGCAACGACGACAACAGUUCGAUGAAGCGAUGCGCCAUCCCUUAUUGUGCUACAUUUCGUAUCUCCUUAUUGACAAUUAUCUACAAAAUAAAUUCGUAAACGUGCUUCUUGUGUUAAGUGGUGAUACUCAUCAAAAUUUUCAUCAUUAACUCAAUUCGUGGUUUUUGUCGUUGUUAAUAUCGUUUCUCUGGCAACAGCGAUAAUAUAGUAAAGAUAAAUAACGGGCAGCACCGAACUCACUAAGUUCAGCGUUCGUCGACUCUGAACUGUUUCGAAGCGGAAGAAGGUGAGAGAGCGAUUUAAGUGCGUUUAACCUGUUGAAAUCGCUGCUUUCACAAAAAUCGCAUAGAGGACAAUAGUAACGAAAACAGCCAGAGACAAGUAGAACAAACAUAAACUGCAUUAAGGGCUGAAAACGGGAGAGUUACGGAACAGAACGUGUUGGACAGGUUUGAUGGGAAAAAGUGCAAAGUGGAAUUGCAGGAAUUGAAUUUCGAAAUACUGUUUUUGUGUGAAGCCUCCAGGUAGGACUGUUCAUUGGUUAGGUGUUGGAUCGACGUGGAUUUUACAGUGGACGCCUGGAUUCUUCAUCACUGCCGGUGGGUGUGCGACGAGACGUCGAAUCAGUCGGUGAGCAGGUGUUCAUAGGCGUGUCCCGUGUACCGACGGCGCCGAUCCAUCACAGGCGAGCGCCAUGUCGGUACACUACAAGUUCAAGUCGUCGAAAGAAUUCGACACGGUAACGUUUGAUGGACUUCAUAUCUCUAUUGGAGAGCUGAAGAAAAAUAUCAUUCAGCAAAAGAAGAUUGGCAAGAACGCCGAUUAUGAGCUGCAGAUUACCAACGCUCAAACGAAAGAAGUCUACGACAGUGAUGACACCCUGGUUGCUAAAAACACCUCAGUGCUCGUCUCCCGCAUACCCAUCGUGGGCGCCAACAAAAAGAACUGGCGCCGCGAGACGUCGGACACGGAUGCGCUUCUGGAAGCUGAGGUGGCCGCUAGCAGCGCUGAUUCACGCGGCGGCGCCGCCGAUAAUUACAAGGUUAUCGAUCUCGCCGCGUCGUCAACUUCCGAAGAAGACAAAAUUAAGGCGGUUAUAUCACAGUCUUCAAGUGAAUACGACUCAUCACGUUUUGUGAAACGACCAUACUUCGGACUACCGCCAGCUACUUACGUAUGUCAAAAGUGUCAAAAACCAGGACAUUGGAUACAGAAGUGCCCCAAUGCGCCGGUUGACAAAGGCAACCCUCGCGUGGAAGUAAAACGAAGUACGGGCAUUCCCCGAAGUUUCAUGGUCACCGUUGACGAUCCUACACAUAAAGGCGUCAUGUUGUCUAGCAAUGGAGAACUUGUCAUACCACUCUUGGAUGCUCAAGCAUACCAGGAACGAAAGAUAGAGAAGCCACCGUUUGUUCCUGAUCUUGAAGACAAGCCAUCAGGUAUCGAGGACAAACCAGCUAUCCCUGAGGAACUGCAGUGUUCGAUAUGCCAGGACUUGCUCUGCGACGCGGUGCUUAUUCCGUGCUGCGGCAGUUGUUUCUGCGAUGAGUGUGUUCGCCAAGCGCUUCUCGAUUCCGACCAUCACGAAUGUCCCGUCUGUCACGAGUUAGAUCAGACGCCCGAUAAGCUUAUACCCAACCGGUUUUUGCGUAACAAGGUGGCGCGACUCAAAGGUGACGUCCAGAAGCGUAAGGAUCCCCAGAUAAGUCUACCAGGGGCUAGCACUAGCAGCAGCAGCGGCAACAACAAUAGUACGGGACAGCCAAUAAGCAAGAUGAAUGAGCAAGCGGAAGAGGCUCAAUCUGUUGUGAAGCAGCCUCUCCUACCGCAUCCGGAUUUGAAAGAAGAAACAAGUCGCCCGGAGCCUCGACAUGAUCGACGAGGAGAUGAAAAUCUCUCUGGACGAGGGUCGGUCUCUACAGAGAUUAGAAGACCUCCACUUUUGAGUACCCCUGGGGGACUGCGGCGUGAUGGUCCAGGCGACGGAUCCGAAAAUAAAGAAAACGGUCCAGGCGAUGAUAGAGACAUUCGAGAUCGUGAAUAUCGGGAGUCCCGUGAAAGGGAUCGAGCAGGCGAGUUUCGCGACAGGGAUAAAAUAAUGGGAGUACCUUCCGUUGAUGGUCGUGGAGACGGUGCAAGUGUAGCCGGAAGUGGAUACCGUGAAAGGGAUGACCGAUGGCAGCAAGCCCGCUGGCAGAGAUCAGGAUCCCGAGAACCGCCAAGAGAGUAUGAUAAUCGAAUGUAUGAUAAUCGGGAUAACGCACGCCGACGCUUCGAUUGGUCGCCUCCUAGAUUUCGAGGAGGACGUGGAUAUCGAGACUUCUCGCCCCGGAGAGGCGCACCCCCUCGACACGCUGAGCAAGGGCCGCCCGAUCAUGCAGGCGACCAACAGGUCCCGCCAGCCCCGGGCACCGGGGGUUCUUCCGGCGCCGAUGGAUCAAACGGCGGUGGAGGUGGCGGCGGUGGAGCCGGAGCUUCUUUUCAUCCACUCAACCCCCCACCGAUGCCCUUUCCCCCGCCCGGAUUUAGUCUUCCUCCGCCAGGAUUCCCUCCUGGACCUCCACCACCUCCCGGACCACCGCCGCCUCCAGGAACUUCUUCCGCUUCAGCCAAUAAUCAACCACCCCCGCCAGGUUUGGGACCACCCCCUCUAAUGCCACCUGGUCUGCUCCCGCCUUUCCCACCGCUGGGCAUGCUGCCUAUUCCUGGAGCGCCCUUGGCCGCCAUGGGAGUCCCAGCUAAUCAACCGGAACGUGAAGCUCUUGAAGAAUUUGAACGUAAGCUAAGCGAGAUGCGUAGCGGGCGCAGACGGCGGUCCCCUUCUCCCCUUGGCGCCAGAGACCAUCCGGGUCAUCCAGGACAUCAUCUCCAUCGACGGCGAAGGUUUUCUCGUAGCCGUAGUCGAUCGUUUUCACCUAGAGGCGGAUCACUGCGAGGCCGACGUAGUCGUUCGACUUCACGCGGCAGACUACGUUCACCUAUACGGUCGCCACUUAGAGGUCGACGAUCUGCGAGUCGCUCGCCUCCAUACGGUGUCGGAGGGCGCUACCGAUCAGGGUCGAGGGAGCGCUACUCAAGACCGCUGUCCCGCUCUCCUGAGUAUCAUACGCAUCCGCUCCAACUCGGCUCCAGAAGGUUCACGCCCGCGCGGUCGCCAAGGCGGAGGUCUCCCCUCGAUAGGGAGUUCGACUCGCCUGCCUCGUUGAGAUACCGCGAUCGGUCCUUAGAGAGAUCCGUAAGUCCUCGCGGAGGAGGCAGAAGACGAUCGCGAACCCCACGUUCGCCCCUCGAGAGGGAAAGAAACGAUCGGCCAGUAGAUAGAAAUGAUCGAGACGCUGGUAGAGGCCCUCGACCGAGACUACAGCCGCAGCAGCCCCCGAGGUCAAGAUCGCCUUUAUCUCCACCACGUCUUGAUGAUAAAAAGUCAUCCAAAGGCAAAUCUUCCCCAACGGAAGCGGUCAUUGAAAAGAAAAAGAAGAAGAAGAAGAAGCUUGACGAUGAUGAACGAAGUGAUAGAAGUCAUGGAAAUAAAGAGUCGUCUAGCCGGGCCGACAAGACUGACCGAAGCAGUAGCAGUAGCAGUAGCAAGAAAAAGAAAAAGAAGCGAAAGAAUAGCAAGGACGUUCAAGAGGCGGACACGACUCAACCUGAAAAGGACGAGGACCGCGAUGAUGACAGGGAGAGAGAGGAUCGACAUCGUGAAGACCGUGAGGGGAGCGUGCCGGUCGUGGCGAAGAUCGAGGAUGUAAUCAUUGAGGAAACUGGUGGGCGACCUGGGGAAGGAAAUGAGCACGAUGACGGCCCGUCAUCACAGGCUGGUGACCUGCGUCCGAGUAGAAGUCCUGAUGGUGAAUCGCGUAGUACAAGUCAGACUAAAGAAAAAUCCCCUCAUGGGCGUACUCCCCGAAGUAUUCGUAGCAUACGAAGUGGUCGUAGCGGUCGAAGCCGAAGUCCUGCGCCAGAGCAUGACCAAGAUACCCGGAUGUCAGCCUUCUCUCCAGUUCGAGGCAAGUCACCUGAACAGCCGGUUGUGGCCAAGUCCAAGUGGGAACGGUCGAGUUCCAGCGAACGUGAGGCCAGUCCUGUGGCGGCGACUUAUUCCAAAGCGGAAUCGAUCAAGCCGAAAAUUACCUCGGAAGUUAUCCACAAAGCGGAGGUGGCUCUUAUUUCAAAGCCGCCGCGCAUCCAGCCGCCACCCAGCACUACUCAACUCUCAAGCAAGGUUAUUUCACUCAAAUCGAUUAAAAGUCGCCUCGGUGAGCAGCUUAAGGACCCGAAAGAUGCCAUUCAGCGUGGCGCUGAUGGUCGUGGUCACAGCCACGGCCACGGUAAAGACGAUCGCAAGGAGCCCGCUAGCGAGAUCCAAAUUACGAUCCAGAACGACAAACCGAAACGAAAGCCAAUUCUUGCACCGUCUCCAUCGCCUGUACGAGAGACUCUUAAGUCUGAACGGGUUGUGAAGAAGAAAGGCGCAGCAGACAAGGAAGACACGGGACCUGCGGAAGCGGUCGGUGGCAGGAGGCAAGACACCGGGGAAACCAAAACAAGCGCCUCUGCAGGCGCAGCUGGCCGGCGUGAGAGGGACGACCGAAGACGCGACGACCGCAAACGACGAAGUCCUGAGAAUCGAAACCGGCGAAGUCGGUCGCGCGAAAGGGAACUCACUCGCGUCGAACGCGAGCGCGUCGACAGGGAGCGCGAACUGCAAAGGGAACGCGAACGCGAACGAGAGAUUCAACGGGAACGUGAGUUAAUGCGCGAACGUGAUCGUGAAUUCCAACGGGAAAGGGAACGUGAAAGAGAACGCGAAAGGCGCGAGCGAAGCAGGUCGAGGGAGCGACGCGAGCGUGAGAGAGCCCGACUUCGCGAACGAGAGGAACAGCUUCGUGAAGAACGCAGAAAAAGAGAGGAACUCGAGCGCGAACUUGAGCGGCAAAGGAGACUUGACGCCGAAAUUGAACGUGAACGUCGUAAACGUGAACAAAUAGAGCGUGAGCUUCGUAGACGAAAGGAGGAGACCCGUGGGCCGAAAGAAAGUAGAAAAGACGAUCGCGACAGCAAGAAUCGCAAACGAGGCCGAAGUGAAUCGGAGGAUGAGGAAAGGUCGAAGGAUACCGACAAGAAAAAGGCUCGCACACCUUCCCAAGCCUCGGACGCAGAGUCUGACAAAAAGCAGGGGCAAGGGUCCAGGACAGACCGUAGGCGAGAGCCGACCCCUCCUGGAACCACAGCUGAAGAUAACGCAUCAUCUUCGGCUAAAGUAGACGAGACUCAGUCCCGAUUUGCUGCAGGAGGCGAUCUUGAUCUGGCGUUCGAGCCCGACUAUGAUCUGGAGUUGGAACCAACGACCGGUGAUCGUAAAUCGCCUGACAGGACUAAGUCCCGUGAGAGUAAGGACGAGAAGAAAGAGCCUUUAUCCUCUGCCAGUUCGAAAAAGAGAGAUUCGGAUAGGGAUCGAGAAGACAGAGAAAGUUCACAGUCGAGUUCGAGUUCAUCGGAAGAAGAUUCCGAAGAGGAAGAGCGCCGUCGACGGAAGCAUCGCAAGCAUAAGAAACACAAGCACAAGAAAGCUAAGAAGAGUAAAAAGCCGAAAUAAUUAUCUUUACCGUAUACUUUAUGUAUGAUUGCAUUUAUGCGUGUCUGUGUGUUGACUUGAUUCAUCAGGCGGUCGGGUCAGGUCAGGUAAGCUUGAAAAAAGAAAAACAUCAGACGGAACGUGGCUGCGACAAGAGGCAACCUACACUAAAAUAAUAAUAAUAGUAAUAAUAAUAUUAAUAAUAAUAAUAAUAAUAAUACAUCUCCGUAUGUUUAUAGCGCGAAGAAUUCGCUUGGCGCGCUGUCCGCUCUUGCUCACAAGUCCGAGCUCUUAAAUUUUGGCACGGCACGUCGAAGAAUCCCGGCGUAGCGAGUGACUGGGGUGAAAGGAAAGAAGAACAUGUGAGGACGUAAAGUGAAGCAAACGCACCAGUAAUUGUGCAUUUGAGUCACAUAUAGAAGGUCAACGAAUGAAGAUAAUGCAGGCGAACUCCAAGCGAGCUAGAAUUGCUGUCGGAAGCUUAUAAUAAUGCACAAUUAUAAAAGAGAACUCACAGCAACUCUAUACCAGAAGAUAUCGAUGUAGCAACAGCAGCAGCCGAAAGAACGGAAACGAUAUUGUACAUAUAAAUAUAAUGUGGAUUGUUUUUUUAUAUAGUGAUCAAGUUCACAUUCAUAGAUGUCUUGAUUGAAUAUCAAAUACUGAAAUAAGAAUGGUUAUUAUUUGCGUAGUACUGCAAAACAUCUUUGGGUCUUGUAUGAACCAUAAAACUUAUUUCGCGUUUACUUGGUAAUAUGGAUGGGUGACCGAACUAAAGUGUUUAAUUAAAAUAAAAAAUACAAUAGAAGUUAUAAAUACAAUAACUAAUGCUGCAAGUUAAUAAAGAGGAAGAUGAUCAUUAUUAAAUUCGAAAAAUAAAUACCUGAAAUGU